AAGUGAGCGACCACUCACCCAAACGAGUUGACUCUGUACUCCCCAGUUCAGCUCACCUCUUUUUCCCCUCACUCCUCCUGGUAUCCCCACUCUCCUCUUCCCCAAAAUUCAUUACAUUUCCCAGCAAUUUCUGGACCGGGUACCAGAGGAGUAACCGAAGAAGAUGGGUUCGCUUGGCAGGGCAAUCUACACCGUCGGAUUCUGGAUCCGGGAGACUGGUCAAGCCCUCGAUCGCCUGGGCUGCCGCCUCCAGGGAAACUACUACUUCCAUGAACAACUUUCUCGACACAGAACCCUUAUGAACUUGUUCGAUAAAGCUCCUACUGUUCAUAAAGAAGCAUUCGUAGCUCCUAGUGCUUCUUUAAUUGGCGAUGUUCAAGUUGGGCGCAGUUCCUCUAUCUGGUAUGGAUGUGUUCUACGAGGUGAUGUGAACAAUAUAAGUAUAGGGACAGGAACCAACAUCCAGGACAAUUCUCUUGUUCAUGUAGCCAAAUCCAAUCUUGCUGGAAAGGUUUUGCCAACAAUUAUUGGGAACAAUGUAACUGUUGGUCAUAGUGCUGUUCUGCACGGGUGCACUGUUGAAGAUGAGGCAUUUGUUGGUAUGGGUGCAAUAUUGCUUGAUGGGGUUGUUGUUGAGAAGAAUGCCAUGGUAGCUGCCGGUGCUCUUGUUAGACAGAACACUCGUAUCCCUUGUGGAGAGGUAUGGGGCGGAAAUCCAGCAAAGUUCCUAAGGAAGCUUACCGAAGAAGAAACAGCUUUUAUUUCUCAGUCAGCCCUCAAUUACACCAACUUAGCACAAGUUCACGCAGCUGAAAAUGCUAAGAGCUUUGAUGAGAUCGAAUUCGAGAAGGUACUCCGGAAGAAAUUUGCCCGCAAGGAUGAAGAAUAUGAUUCUAUGCUGGGUGUCGUCCGCGAAACACCCACAGAACUUAUCUUGCCUGAUAAUAUUCUACCAGAUAAGGCAGCAUCAAAGGCUUCUUAAGUUUGUUGAUUAUGAUCAGGCUAUCAUUGUUGUUAUAUCACAAAUUCGAAGGCAAAUUAACCAAGAACUUGCCUUUGCUUUCAUGUCUAAUAAUUUUAUGGCCAAACUCACUUGUCAAAGACUGACUCUUCCCCAUGUGCAGUUACUGCAUGACUUUUACUAUUUGCUUAACCACAAACUUGGUUUUGCCACAUUUCAAACAUGUUUUUUUGAGUGUUUAUUUCUUCAAAAUAAGAACAUGCAGAAGAAUUUUCUUAAAAGGAGUAGAUCGAUUUCUAUUUUGAGCUAAUUCACACUUAGAUUUGGAGUAGAUUGUACCAUACUGCAUUUCAUUGG